UUCGCACAGUUUGCUCGGUGGCCAGGGAAAGGUCGGUUCUUGACCUCAUUUUGUGGAUUAAAAGUGUCCGCGACGGAGGUUCAAAGCAAGACGCCGCGCGGGGUCCCCUGGGGCCAUCGGCGUCGCGCCCCCCUCCCUUGGGGGACCUCGCGGGGGAGUCUCAGACCGGGGAGGUUGGGGACCCCAUUGACUGCGCGCUUUCCGCGUCCGGCAUCCCGGCUCCGGGCCCGCCCCAGGUGGAGGCGGAGUCUGGGCCGGGGGCGGGCCGGGGGCGGGCCGGGGGCGGGCGCACAGCUGGAACCCGCGGCGGAGGCUCGGGCGAGCUCAGGCCCGGAUCCAGGCGGCCCGGGCGGCCGUACCAUGGACUCGGGGACCGACGAGUACGAGCUCAACGGCGUCCUGCCCCCGGGCACGCCCGGCUCCCCGGACGCCUCGCCGCCCCGCUGGGGCUGGAGGCACAGGCCCAUCAACGUGAACCAUUACGCCAACAAGAAGAGCGCGGCGGAGAGCAUGCUGGAUAUCGCGCUGCUGAUGGCCAAUGCGUCCCAGCUGAAGGCUGUUGUGGAACAGGGCCCCAGCUUCGCCUUCUACGUGCCCCUGGUGGUCCUCAUCUCCAUCUCCUUGGCACUGCAGAUUGGCGUAGGGGUGCUGCUCAUCUUCCUCGUCAAGUAUGACCUUAACAACCCGGCCAAGCAUGCCAAGCUGGACUUCCUCAACAACCUGGCCACGGGCCUGGUGUUCAUCAUCGUGGUGGUCAACAUCUUCAUCACAGCCUUCGGGGUCCAGAAGCCCUUGAUGGACAUGGCGCCCCAGCAGUAGGGCACCCAGGACCCUGGAUGCCGCUUGCCCUGCAACUCAGCUGCCUGACCCCAGGAGCCGCUGUACCCGUGAGGUAUCCACCUUGCUGCACGUGGCACUCCCCAGAUUGCCAGAGCCCAGGCUGGCCUCAUCUCCACCAUGUCCCUGGACCAGCCCUUGCUCUGACUGUGGCUGACCGCCAUGGGAUAGGCCACUCUUGUCUCUUGGCUGCUGUUCCCAGGAGGCAGCUCCCUCCUGGCACAUAGGAGCUGGCCACAAUGGCCCAGAGGGUCAGAACUGGCCAGCCGCGGAGACCAGUGCCCAGAGAAGGGUCUCGACCCACCCAGGGACACAGCAGGUCUGUGGAUGGUUGGAUGAGGGACCAGGGCUCGCCUCUGUCUCAGGACAUUCCAGAAUGACAAGGAGAUGUCUCUCCCUCUGCCGAAGCACCAGCGUCCCCAUCUCCCGUGGGCCGUCUGGGUUGCCUGGUGACUCCAGCAUCUGCCUGCUGCCUAACCCAGGGACCCUGGAGAGCCAGAGCUGACUUUUGGCCCUGUGGUAGCCACUGGCUCUGGUCUCAAUGCCUGGGCUUGGUGGCCAUCAAGAGGGAGCCAGCCAGACCCAUGAGGGCCGUAGACCUUGCAUAUACCCUGCACCAGCAGUGAACAGGCUGAACCCAGCACCCACUUUUCUAAUUAUGAAUGACUAAUAAAGCCUAUGUUUCUCAUCGGGC